CCUGCAUUGGAAUUUGACUUGUAACAUUGAGAAAAGGAAUACAAUUCUGUGAGGAGAUUAUUGAGGAGGUGGAGGGACAUUUGACAGUUUGAUGACGUACGAGAUUUUUUUCCUGAGUGGCCUUUAUUACUAAGAGGAAAUGGGGGCUUAUGAAAACUGUGAAUAUCUAUAAUAAUUCUGACACGUGCCAUUUUCUGGAGAGCAUGCUCGACCUCGCCAGGACUUUGAAAUCACCUAAGAGUGCCACCAUCAUGUCGUCGUUUUACUUUCCCGACGUCGCCAGCGACAUGGGGAACGUCACUUUGAACUACACUCACAUGGAAUCCGGGUCGGCGGAGAUCUUCGGGGAGUCUCUUUUUCGGAUCCUGACCCUCUCCGCCAUUUUCCUCAUCUCCGUACCGCUCAACAUCAUCGUGCUCGUCAUCGUGUUCCGUCGACGCCGUCACAAGUCGCGGGUGAACAUCCUGGUCAUGCACCUGACGCUCGCCGACCUCUUCGUUGCCCUCAUCAACAUCCCGACGGACGUGGUGUGGUUCUGGACGGUGCGGUGGUUGGCUGGGAAUGCGAUGUGCAAGAUCAUCAUGUUUAUCGAGUCCUUCAACAUGUAUGGAUCAUCGUUCAUACUCAUCGUCAUCAGUCUCGAUCGCUACGCCGCCAUCGUACACCCGCUCAGUAUUCAUCAAGCAGAUAGACGCUGCAAGAUUAUGGUUCGAGCCGCCUGGGCAUGCAGUGCUCUUUGCAGUGUUCCCCAGUUUAUGGUUCAUGAAGUUCUGUCACCGUAUGAGGCUCCGGACUUCACCCAGUGUGUCGACUACCGAUUCGCUUUUGAACAUCCGACUCUUUGGUGGCUUUACCAUAUUUUUGUGACACUUGCCAUGUACGUCGUGCCUCUCAUUACCAUAUUUACCUGCUACACAGCCAUCAUAUACAAGAUUUGCCGGAAAACGAAGCAAGCUCGUCAAUCCGUCAAUAACAAUGAAAGUAGCGUCCUCAGGCGGUCAUGUUCGAGCAGUCUUCCUCGAGCAAGGAUGAAAGCCCUCCGUCUCACGGCUACCAUUGUGACGGCAUUCGUUAUGUGUUGGGGUCCAUAUUACGUACUAAGCACGUGGUACCAUUUCGACACGAGAUGGCAAACAGGUGCUGGACUUCCAAACCCCGACUGGAUGAUCCACAUCAUGAUGGCGCUAGGCUACUCCAAUAUCUGCCUUGAUCCAAUCAUAUACGGUAUAUUUGUGACGCGGUUCAGUCUCUGCCACCGCCGCGGUAAGUCCGCGGUAAUGCACCCGCUCACCACCUACCGCCGAUCAACCCUGAACUCCAAGGUCAUCACAAACGACGGUCAUACGUCGUCCGUGAGAUUCAACCACACGUUGGUUUCGAGCAAGAACAGUUGCAGCGGUACACACGCGGCGAUCGACACGGUCACGCCGCUCGUAGACGGGGACGCCAGAAGGAAUAUUUUCGUGAAUAGGCGCGAGACGUCGACAACGACGUAACAGUGUCGCUACCGAGACGUCUACUAGACGCAUGUCUUCUCAAAUCCGACGUUCAAAUUCCUCUCGUUGAAAAUCCCAAUUAUCUCUAUCUAUAUAUUUUGUUUUGGUAGAGUGUUUUGUUUUAACUGUUUUCUUUCAAAAAUAGUCAAAUAUCAUCAAUUACGGAGAAACUCUGUGAUUGAAAUCGUCUCAAAUACUAUGAUCCUAGGGGAAAUCCUAUUUUUGAUCGACACUCUCUGUAGGACUAAAAAAAAAUCAUGACAAUAUUUCUUUUUGAGAAACAAAACAUAUAUUUGACUGCAUCACCUUUUUUGGCAUUGUACAUGAAUCACAAAUUUACAAAAAAUAGUUUCGUGUCUUUACUUGCUUACCAGGAAUAAGGUGGCGCUGUAUAAUCUUUGCAAGCAGGGGGGUUGCUAAUCAAGCCAGGGAAUCCGGCUCCUUGCUCCAUUAGCUCAAACGGAUAAAAAUCUAGUUUGUCUUUAUUUAGCGUCAUCACAGUGAUUGUGGGCUCGAGCCGUCCUUGGCAUGUAAAUCAUCGGCAACUUUACGAAUAGUUUUUUACUUUUCCGUUCUUUUUUUAUUAAGACAUAUUUACAUGUAUAUGAUACAUGACUUGUAUUUGUAUAUUGAUGUUCCUCUUUUUUGCAACUAGCAGUGUAAUCUUCUAAUUUUACAGGUUUUUAGGAUGUGUAAAAAAUUAAUUGCUCUUAUAAUCGUUAUUUAUGUUAUCAUCAGUGUUUCACUGUUCAAUAUUAUGUUUCCUAGAAUAUACCUACAAAGCAGAUAGGAUGCCGAACACAAAUCUCAUUCUCAAUUUAAAACUCGUUUUUUUAUAAUAGAGUUGUAAAUAAAUUUGCUAGGUUGAUUCCGAUUUUAAGUGUGAUUGUUUGAUAAUUUUGUUUGUACACAUCCGGCAAAACGCUGCUUACACAUUAUUGUAUACCGUUACGCAAAUGCUUGCAUUUCCUGUCCAGGGUAAAGCCUUACGGUGGUGAUUUAAUUGACACAGAAAUCAAAAGUCGAAUGGUCAAUGGUCAGUUCUUUUGAUUGCCGAAAUUUUAAUAACUUCUUAUGAGCCCGCAUAAGGCCAUAAACGUUGUCAUGGUUACUAUGCAAUAUCACCUUGUCCACGACUGGGAAUUUACGGAGCGUAUGCGUAAAUCCGUAACGCCAUAGGGGAAUCAUAGAUUAUCCCCUCGCACAAGAGGUUCACCUCACAGAUUUACGCCAGUGUUUUACGUAGUCAUACAUGUAUAAUCAAUGAUAUUCGUGGUAUUACACAGCUUUUUUUAAGCCAAGAUUUGAUAUGAAUUCUUAUGGAUUUCAGCAUGCAGUAUUUUCUCUUUUUUUU